CCGUAAGAUAAGCGAGAAGGUUAACUUGUUUUGUAUUUCAGUCGGCCGAAUUUGUCAAAUCGAGGUAUUGUUGAGAGGUUUCCGUAACAGUUUUUCAAAGUUACUAUUAAAACUCUUUUUAAAGCAACGAAAAUGGUUACCUACAUUAAAGACAAGAAUGACUUACAGCAAAAACUGACUGAUGCUGGAGAUCAGUUGGUAGUCAUUGACUUCUUCGCCACCUGGUGUGGACCCUGUCGAAUAAUUUCUCCAAAAUUGGAGGAAUUGGCCACCGAAUACACAAACGUCCACAUAUUGAAGGUUGAUGUCGACGAGUGUGAAGACCUCGCGAUGGAGUACAACAUUUCCUCCAUGCCUACCUUUGUUUUUAUCAAAAACCAGAACGUCAUUUUCACGUUUUCCGGCGCCAACUACGACAAAUUGAAGGCAUCCAUCUUAGCACACCAAUAGAGCUACAUAUAUUCCUAUAAUAUACUAUAUUUAAUGUUUUUUAAAAUGUGUGGUCUUUUAGAUCUAAAAGCGUUUUGAAAAUUAUUUUUGCUAACAGUUUUUUUUAUCAGUUAUUAAAUGUGGCUGUUAGACAGUAAUAUCAUUUCAUUAAAAAUUCUUCAAAACUUUUAUUUUGUUCAUUGUGUUAUUUUAUUUCUUGAGAUUGAGUGAUUUUUUUAUUAAAAAACUGCUUAAAAUUAUGUAUCUAUAUGAAAGAAACUGUUUAGAUUCAUAUUUUUUCAUUAAAUAUGCCUACUUAUUAAUUUUGUAAUAUUACAUACUUAUACAAUAAAUUUUAUGAUGAACUUA